AUUGUUGGCACAGCUGUUGCAUUCUCCGCAUUUUGAGUGUGCUUGGCAACACAACAACAACAAGAAGUGAAAACCGAGAAGCUGGUCGGCAGCAGCAAAGCGCAAAGUGCAAAACGUCGUUGCGCUCCAAGGACACACCCUUGUCGACCCUCUUCUUCCUCUUCUCCUUCUUCUUCUUCUUCUUCCUGGAGCGCACAGCAGCCGCACCUUGUGGAGAUGAGCUACCCAGGUUAUCCUCCUCAGUCGGGUGGCUACCCACCGCAAGCGGGCGGAUACCCACCCCAAGGGGGAGGCUACCCCCAGGCCGGCGGCUACCCACCACAGGCGGGAGGGGGUUAUCCGCCCCAGGCCGGCGGCUACCCGCCCCAGGCCGGCGGUUACCCUCCUGCGGGUGGUGGCUACCCACCGUCAGCGGGGGGUUACCCGCCGCAGGGUGGCGGCUACCCUGCCCCGGCCGGAGGAUACCAACAGCCUCAGGCCGGAGGAUACCAACAGCCUCAGGCCGGAGGAUACCAACAGCCUCAGGCCGGCGGAUACCAACAGCCUCAGGCCGGCGGAUACCAACAGCCUCAGGCAGGAGGCUUUCCGUCCAUGCCUCCAGGAGGUGGCGGCUGGGGAGCGGCACCAGGAGGCUACGGCGCGCCAGGGGGGGCUCCACAGGGAUACCCUGGGGGGGCAGCACCGGGCCAGCAACCCAUGCCCAGCUACCCCAGCGGAGGCGGAUAUGGAAGCGGCGGUCCAGCCAAUCCUCAGGCACCCGCCAUACCGACGGGCUACAGGGGCUCUAUUAAGGACUUCCCUGGAGCCGAUCCACUGAGGGAUGUGGAAGUUCUUCGGAAGGCCAUGAAGGGUUUCGGCACGGACGAAAAUGCAAUCAUUGAACUUCUGGGAAGCCGAACCAACAAGCAGAGAGUUCCCAUGGUGGCAGCCUACAAAACAACUUAUGGAAAGGAUUUGUUCCACGAUCUCAAGUCUGAGCUGACUGGAAACUUUGAGCAUCUUGUUGUUUCCAUGAUGAAGAGACCGUCACAUUUCGACGCGUCCGAACUCAGAGAGGCAAUAAAGGGCGCCGGGACAGAUGAGGCUUGUCUGAUCGAGAUCCUCUCGUCUCGCUCCAACUCUGAGAUUCGGGAAAUAGUGGGGGUUUACAAAGCAGAGUACGGGAAAAGUCUGGAGGACGCCAUCAACAGUGACACCUCCGGUCACUUCCGAAGACUCCUGGUUUCUCUCUGCCAGGGCAACCGUGACGAAAGGGACAACGUCGACAUAUCGCUUGCCAAACAGGACGCUCAGAAACUCUACGCCGCCGGGGAGAAUAAAGUGGGCACAGACGAAUCCCAGUUCAACGCCAUCCUGUGCGCCCGCAGCAAGCCUCAUCUGCAGGCUGUCUUCCAGGAGUACCAGCAGAUGUGCGGUCGAGACGUCGAGAAGAGCAUCUGCAGAGAAAUGUCGGGCAACGUGGAGUCUGGCAUGGUGGCGGUGGUGAAAUGCAUCAAGAAUACCCCCGCCUACUUUGCCGAGCGACUGCACAAGGCCAUGCAGGGUGCCGGGACCAAGGACAGGACCCUGGUCCGGAUCAUGGUGUCCCGCUCCGAGAUCGACAUGCUGGACAUCAGGCAGGCGUACGUGAGGACCUACGGGAAGUCGCUGUACACGCACAUCUCCGGCGACACCUCCGGCGACUACAAGAAGCUGUUGUUGAAGCUUUGCGGCGGUAACGACUAAAACGGACGUCGUAUCACGAGGACGGGACACAAUUGGCACUCGAUACGACCUUGCAGCAAGUUGGUCCAUAUCCACGUCGUCUCUUAUUUAGACGCGUUGUCAUUAUUUUUGCGUCUUUGUUGUAGCCAUUGCUUGCCAAAUAGCCUAGAUUCUACAUUUUAACGUUACCAAAUCGAAGAAGUGCGUGCCUGGUAAUUUCACAUUGAAUGAAAUCACCAUGCAGAAGAAUGUCUAACACUGUGUGUCCAUAUAUUAAUCGAUAUGCUAUUAAGUGGUUCAUUGCAAUUACAAAAUUCUGUGAAAGUGAAGCGCUGUAAAUACUUCAGAGCAUCCGGAAAGUAUUUACAGCGCUUUUUCCACAUUUUAUGUUACUUAUUCUAAAAUGGAAUCACAAUUCUACACACAGCACCAUCAUGUAAACCUGAAACAGUAUUUUUUUUUUUAAACAUUUUUUUGCGAAUGUAUGCGGAAAAAGAAUGACAUAUAUGUACAGUGGUACCUUGACUCAAAACAUUUGUAUCGCCAAUACAUUUCCUUUUAUGAUUUACGUGCGAAAUAUCUGCAAUGUUAAUGCCUGUGUACUAACCUGAAGUAUACCCGUGCCUGCUAGCCUAUGCAACGUAACCACCGCUUCAUACGCUUCGCUUAGGUUACUCAAAAAUGUCUUUUUUUUUCCUUGUCAUUGCGAGCGAGUUCAUCCAGUGGUCUUCUGCGUCGGUGCCACUAGAUGGCCCUGUCAACACAUUUUGCAACUGAAUUCCUUUUUCCACUUGACAAUCUUGUCAUUUUAAAGCUUGACAUGUUCAAAACAUACAAACUAAUACCACAGUUGUAAUUUCAAUUAAAGGAAAAAAAAAACACACGUUACAUCA